AUGUCUGAUUUACAACUUGGAAAUAUAAAACAUAUUAUACUGGUUUUAUCCGGGAAAGGUGGUGUUGGAAAAAGUUCAAUUUCUACACAACUUUCGCUAUGUCUUGCGGAGAAAGGACAUAAAGUUGGAAUUCUUGAUAUUGAUCUUACUGGCCCAAGCAUACCGAAGAUGUUUGGGCUUGAAAAUAGACAGGUUCAUCAGGCAUCUUCUGGUUGGGUUCCAGUUUUUAUGGAUGAAAAUCAAAAAUUAUGUUGCAUGUCAAUUGGAUUUUUACUUCAAAAGAAAGAUGAUUCCGUUGUUUGGCGUGGUCCAAAAAAAAAUGCAAUGAUUAAGCAAUUUCUGUCGGAUGUUUGUUGGGGUGAAUUGGAUUACCUAAUUAUUGAUACACCACCAGAUGAACAUAUAUCCGUCGUGGAAUACUUGAAAGAUGCUAACCCUGAUGGUGCUAUCCUUGUGACUACCCCACAGGCGGUUGCAUUAGCAGAUGUGCGUAAAGAAUUAAAUUUUUGCAAGAAAGUGAAUUUACCUAUAUUAGGUGUUAUUGAAAAUAUGAGUGGAUUUGUAUGUCCACAUUGUGAGGAAUGUACGAAUUUGUUCUCAACCGGUGGUGGUGAAGCAAUGGCUCAUGAAUUUGGGGUGGAGUUUCUAGGGCGUGUUCCAAUUGAUCCGUCCCUAACUCUCAUAGUAGAAAAUCAAGAUCCUUCACCUGAUAAUGAUUUGAUUAAAAAAUACUCUGCUUCAAAUUUGUUUAAAGUGCUUAGUAAUAUCACUGACAAGAUUAUUAAAAAAGUCUCUUUAAAAACUUAA